AUGAAGCAAAGGGAUGUUGAACAAAAAUAUGUGAAUGAAUACAGACGGUCCUCAGCCGCUCUUGUCCUUAUCCCAAGUGCGGAGAUAGAUCCUCUUCCCAACACUCCUGCUCACUCACGUCUCUCUCUGUCCUCUCUUCCAGAUAAAGACCCCAAAGAGCAGAAGGAGCCCGAGGACAAGUCUGCAGCCGAGGAGGUGAAGAAGGAGAGGAAAGAGGCCUCCAAAGAGAAGAGGAGAGAAUCCACCAAGGAGCCUAAAGACGAGGGAAAGAAGGAAGCAAAGAAAGAUUCCAAGGAGAAAAAGGAAACGUCAAAGGAAAAGAGAGACAAGGAGAAAGAGAGGGACGGAAAGGACACGGCUCAGGAGGAUGGAGACAAGAAGGCGUCGAAGAAGGUGGCGAAAGUGAAGGAGAAGAAGAGUGCAGAGGUGGACGAUGUAGGGUAG